AUCAGGAAGUGAACGCAGCCGAGUCUCUGGAGCCGCAGCCGUGUUUUCAUUUCUGCUGUGAAGAGAAAGUUCAUCGAUCGACAGCCUGAUAACAGGGUCGACGGUGCGGAGGCUGUGCUAAGGAAGCUAGCCGUCAAGCUAAUAGCUCCAUUAGCUCAUAACAAGCAAUAGACAGGGGAGAGAGAGAAUACAGAGAGAGGGAGAGAAUACACAGAGAGGGAGAGGAAGACGAAAUUAUCAGCAGCAGCCAUGGACGACAAAGGGGAACCACAGGAUGGAGCCACGGGGGUGAAACAGGAGGAACUGCCACAGAUGGACGGGUCGUGUGACGUGUGUGAGCCCGACGAGGCCCAGCCGGCCACACAAGUCUGCCAUGCCUGCAGCUUUGCCUUCUGCCCAAUCCACGCCGAGAGACAUGCCAGCAGGAUGCAUCAUCUGCUGAUGCCUUAUAACCACGAGGGGACACAAGUUAACGGACUUGGCACCAAAAGAGAAUUCAGAGUUGGGGGUGAGGCUGAGGAUGAGGCAAGAACGGGUGCCAAUCAGGAUCUGGCACUGUCUGGAGUGGCGAUGGCUAAUGGGGGUGAGAGUGGCGUCGCUGAGGGAAAAGAGGGCGCCCAGGACGAUUUGCUGCUGGGUGUCGGAGCUGAGGGUGCAGAGGCAGGGGAGGAGGCCGUGGCGGCUGGGGCCAACGUGAAGAGGAGAACUGUGAUGGUGGAGAGACUGCGCUGCAAGGAGCACGGGCAGGAGGGCUCCCUUUACUGUAAAGCAGAUGAAAAGAUCAUCUGUGUGUUGUGUGCUGUGCAGGGUGAGCACAAGGAUCAUGAGAUCAUUACCCUGCACGAGGCCUAUGUGUGGCAGAAGAGCAGGCAGGGGUAUGAUCUGCUGGGCUGCACACAACAGAUGGCUGAGAAGAUCAACACCAAGUGGAUCAACCCUGUGAUGUCCAUAGACGAGCUCGAGGAUUAUGUGGACACCCAGUUCGAUGAGCUGCGCAAAUUGGUGCGUCUUGCGGAGAAGAGAACCCUUCACCUGGUAGACCUCAAAGAGGCGUUCCUGACAGCGUCCGCUGCAGAGAAGAUUGCAGAGAUCAACGUCGAAACGGAGCAGCUGCAGGAGGAGAUGGCCAGCAUCACACGCGAGCUGUAUCUGCUGGAACAAGCCGAGGCGCAGGCAGCGGGUCCUGCUGUGGUAGCAGCGGCCCUCGCACCGGCCCACAGAGUGAUGCACAACAUUGAGGCCAGACCAAGGUUUCCAGAGCCAAGGGCAGCCCCCCUCGACCCACGGGACUUGGAAGACGAUGAUUCUGGACCAUCCAUGGACCAUGCCCCCUGAUAGCAGCACUCCAGACUCUUUACUACAUCCACCUGUCCUUCAAUGUCUGCUUCAGCCAGCUGUCAGUCCGGCCAAGCUGUCAGCCUUGGCCCUCGCUCUGUCAGCCGUCUCCCUAUUACCACCCCUCCCUGGUUUCUGCUGGCAGUGGCCUGACCUUGAAGGAGGCUGCUGUGACAAAUAUGGAUGGCCCUGUCCUUUCUGCUCUCAAACCUUUUUAAUUCCCCACUAGCUACUAACUUUCUUUAAUUGAAGCGCACAACUUAUGUGCAAUCAAUUAUCAUCAGGCUCAAUUUCCACAGCCAGUCAGAUCCAGGCUUUACUGGUGAGCCUGGCUGAGCCGGAGAGGAAGCCUGGGCAGGCAGCUGAGCGGAGCGUCUGUUGAGCCCAACAGAUGUCAGGAAAAUGGGAAAAUUCUGUGACAUGGUAUGCUUCACUCUUCAUUUAUUCGCAGUAUCGUUUUGAUUCAGUUGCUGUGACAACCACUGUGGAUGCUCUCACACGUAGAAAAUAUUUUUUUUUCAUACGCCACAAUGUCUUAAACCACGAAGAUGAUUUUUGAUAUGGCUCUAUUGGGUAUAAUUCUUUUCUUUUUCCCACGAUUUCUUUCCCUUUCUAUCAUCAUGUUGCCUUCGGUUACCUGCCAAUUUUAAUGCUUGAAGAUUUGUGCGCACUUAUUUCUGUUCCUGUCAGAUCUAUUAUCAGAAACAUAGGGGGGUGCAUUUUGACACUCAUUGAUUGGUAAAUGUUGCUGAGUCUUUGUUAGGUAAAAAUCGAAUUGUAAUUUCACUGUGCAAAAUAGCACUCUCACAGUAUCAGCUUUCAGUGCACUAUAAUGUAAAGGCCCAUUACUCUCGAGCCAAUCUGCAGCUUAUGACGGAUCGCCGUCCAGACUAACACACACACUUCCUACCUUGUACCACCGCGAAUGCCUGUUUCAGCAGUUUGUUUUAAUGUGAUUGAUUCUGUUGCCUUAAAUUCAAAAUCUCAGUUAGAUUGAAACCCUGCCUUCUUCAAUAUCAGGUAGAGUUAAAGAGAGAAGGCUCCCGUGGGUCGUUUGAGGCUCUCGUCAAACAACUGGGUGUAGUUUCAUCUAAUCGGGGUUGAAAAAAUGACAGACGCGAGACGGAUUUGACAACAACAUGACUUUCCUACUGUAGAACUGCACUAAGAUGCACUGAGAGUUGUAUACACAUACCCAAGGGAAAUGUUCGUGAGUCAACAGCCUAUUGAAAUCAUUCUUUAUUCUAGUGUAACAACAGAAAGAGUCUGACUGUCUGAUGUUUCUCUCUCCUGUUUCCAUUUUUCUAUUUUUGUCUGAAAUCUAUAAAUAAACAGCCUCUUUCUUA